AUGUCACCCACACGAGCUGAUGCCUUCCGGUACUUCGGCAAUCAGUACGUCUUGGGCGGUGAUGAGGACCUGCGCCUCUCUUCCCUCCACGACACCCACCUCAAGCAGAUUGACACGUCUCUGAACAAGUCUUUGUGGGAUGUCUUCCCCGUCAACGAACUGGGUCAACAGGGGCCGCAGGUUCCCACUAGAGUCGAUUACAACGAACUUGCGCUCGGCAGCCCUGUGCCUUGGAACUCUGCUCUCGGUCGCAAGCGCUCAAGCGAGGUCCUGCCCUUGAAAGACAUCAUGGAUCAGGUGAUCAAGAAGAAGGAGGUCGUUGACAAUGGUGCCUAUCGCGCCACGGUGCAAGGAUAUGCUGCGUGUCUCCUCGACCUGAUGCCUUGGUACGCCACUCCACUGUUCUUCACUGCCAAGCAAGCCUUUGACUCUGGACUGGCACAGCUCAAUCUCUACGAGACCGUCUUGAAGGCACCCCUCCCCUCCAUGAUCAAGAGCGAGCUCCGCCUGUUGGCCUUUGAAGCGGUCAAUGACAUGCGUUAUGUGCCUGCCAACAUUCUGUAUAAGACUCGCUGCCAUCACGGAGCGGAUGAGGCCACGGGAGUCCUCAUCGACUUGACUGGCGUCUACCGCGAGUGCAACACAGCAAUGAUCGAGAAGAACUCCAGUAAUUGGGCCCACCGCAACUGUGUUAGCUGGCAUCAAUGUUUCAGCUCCGAUAUUCGUGCGAAGGCAGCUGUGUGGGUCUUCGAGGCGGACUGGGGACUCCGUCCUGCCCCCGGGGGUCCUCUGAACAUGGGCCAAGCGCUGGCUUUGUCUCCGAGGUACAGGGCUUUGGCCAAGCGAGGCUAA